UUGGCGGGGUUGAGAUAUUUAUUUUUGAAGCACGAGUGGGAGGUCCCCACUCCAGCGGACAUUUUAUACUUUUUCUGCCUCAAGGUCAGCCCGGAUCAGCGGGGGCGAGGCGACGAGUUUUACUACUUAACCCGAUUCCCCAAUACGGCUGCGGUCAUCGAGCUGCCCAGCCACCCUAACGACUUCAAGGAUCAAUUCUUCAUGUCGACGGGGUUCAGGAAUUGCGAGCUCCACUACUUCAAUCGUCCUCGUAAGCGUUUUUCAUCCUUAGCUCGUAAGUUAAGUGUCGUUUUAGCUCCUCCCGUACCCCUUUCUGACUUAGACUAAUUCUGCAGCCAUCUUCGUGAGGACAGAGAAAUCUGUGACCCUCGGGGCCCAAUACGAGACGCUGGCGGGCUUGCUCCCCAGCGAGAAAGAUUACCGUGUGCUCGUAACAGACGAGACGAUGAUAGCCUGCAAGCUGAUUUUCCCAAAUCAGACUUUAAACCUCAGGAGGCCCCGGAGGUUUCCCCCAGCUCGCGACACCAGAUCCAUCAUCGUGGAGGAGGUCGUGGGAGACGAAGAUGAGGAGGACGAGGGCAACGAAGUUCCCCUCGUGAGGAAUAGGAAGUGUGCCUUGGAGGUCGCUUAGAGGAUGGGCGAGGAGAGGAUCCAAUCCGGAGUAGCCGCGGGUCCUUCUGGCCAAGGUAACCCUUACAUGUUUAGGAGUCUAGAUAGGGCCACAGCAGACCCCCGGCUGGCUAGGUUCAAUCCUAGGCAGCUCGUCCAUCGUCACCGAAGUGAUCCGGACCUGAAUACCACCCUGCUCCAUUGUGUCGACCGGCUUGUGCUGGACUACCAAGAUAGCCGGCCUAGGGGUACCGUAGUAGUAGAUAAUACCUUAGCCUUUAGGUCGAUCCUAUUCGAGGAGUAUGGGACUAACCUUCGGACAUGGCCAUCACUCCGAAGGGGUGCCGUAGCUCCGGGGCUUAGGCAAUACGUAGAGGAAUCUAGCCCUGAGUCAGCCUCGGAGCCAGAACCUGCGCCAGUUCGGGAAGUAAUCGACUUAGAUUCUUCUUCGAGCUUGGGGGUAGGAUUCCCUUAGUAUUCAUAUACUUUUUAUCUUUACCUCUUUGUUUUUGUAUCUGUAUGGUUGCUAACUCGUACUAACCAUGUUUUUGUUUUGACAAAAGAGAUGUCUCAGCCCGAGGAGAGCCUGCGAGGUGCGGUCUUCGGGGGGAACCCCUCAGCUGGGCCAAAAAUGAAAAGGCUCCGGACGUCCAAGAAUGCCGCUGGGGUCCCCACCAAGUCUUCGGCAAAGGAGAAGGAGCAAACCCCGGCUGCCCAGGUCGCGGGAGCGAUUCUUCCUGCUGCAGGGGGAAGCAACAUGCCUCCACCCCCUCCGCGAGCUCCAGCUGCCGCCCGGGACGCAGGAACGGAGCUCGGGACUUCGGCGAUUGUACCCUCCGAUGUACGCAUCCCAGUCAAUCCCCAGGACCUGGAGAAGAUCCCCAAGGCCUUCCGGGGAACGGUGUAUGAGUUGGCGUACUACGCCGUUAGCCACAUAUACAGGUUCACCGAGAAGAAGCUCCGGGCCAUCGAGACACUGAGCCCGGUGGGCGUGCUGGAGUCUUCAUUGGGCAUGGCCAUGACGAGCGCCGUUGCCCUUCACCGGAGCAUCGUCAGGACCAAAACUCAGCUUGAGGACAUGGGCAGCGAGCACCAGACUACCCUGCAGGCGGCUAAGGAUGCCUUGGCGGCCUCGCAGGUCGAGUUGUAAAAAACCCGCUCGAAGAUCCAAGAGCUCGAGACCUCUCUCGCCACCUCGCGGACAUACCUAGAUGCCGCGAAGACUGAGGUCCAGGCCGCCCAGGCUGCCCUAGAGGCCGAGCGGACAACUUCGGAAAGUCCAUGGAAGAUUUGUUCUACCAUUGCUGGAUCUACAAUCCAGAUGCAAACUUCUCCUUCAUGUCAGCGAGCCUCUGGGAGCGCUUGCUGGUGAAGUUCUAAGCUCGCCUUGAUAAAGAGGCGCCCUCGGAGACCGGGGAUGGUUCUGGCGCAGCUGAGCAAGGCGAGACGGCGACCUCCAAGGGGCCACCUGGUGGAGCUUAGGGCGUUUCUUUUCUUGUGCCCUUCAAUAUUUUUAAAUAUUUUUUAUGUAACCUUUGCAUGAGGUGCUUUCACCUCGAGACAAUUUGAUUUAACGCUUUUAAUUGA